AUGCAGCCCCGCAAACCAGGCGACGAAGCCAAGCAGCAGGCGGAGCUGGAGGUCGUCCGCAAGAUGAUGACUCCAACACGCGAGCUUUUGCUGGAGCUCCGGGAGAGUUUCCUGAGGGAAUUGAAACGAGGCUUGGAGAUGCACAAGAAGCAUGGCAUCACUUGGGUACCGGAGGAGUGCUCGAUGAAAAUGCUCGACAGCUGUGUGACAAACUUGCCUACGGGCGACGAAGUCGGCGAGGCGUACGCCAUCGACUUUGGAGGGUCUACGUGCCGCGCGGUCCGGUGUUCUCUUCUUGGCAAGGGCAAAAUGCAUAUCGAUCAGGACAAAAUCUGCCUAAGAAGCGCGGAACAUCGAUGUGCCAAGGGAUUUAUGGACAAACAGGCGGGAGGAAAGGAACUGUUUGACCAGUUUGCCAAGUGCAUCCGCGGGCUGAUGGCGCGAUCAGGAGACCUGAAGAAGGCGGAAGAGACCAACACACCUGUUUCAGUUGGAUUCACUUUCUCGUUUCCCUGCGCUCAAGCUGCUCUUAAUUCUAGCAUUCUCAUUGAAUGGACGAAAGGCUUCGAAACUGGUCGCGAGAACCCUGAUCGUGUAGAGGGCAAGGAUGUGGCGGUGUUGCUUGCCGAUGCUCUGGAACGACAGAAAGUCCCUGCCGUAUGCAAAGCUAUCGUGAAUGACACGGUUGGCACAUUGGUGUCCUGUGCAUACCAAAGAGUGCCAGGCACUCCCGAGUGUCGUGUGGGCCUCAUCGUCGGCACCGGAUUCAACGCCUGCUACGUGGAGCCCGAAGCUAGCCAGUAUGGUUACACUGGUACAAUCGUAAACAUGGAGGCAGGAAACUUCCACAAAGAGCUUCCUCGCAACGAAAUUGAUGUCGAGGUCGACGACAAGACACACAACCGGGGGAAGCAGCAAUUCGAGAAACUUGUGUCGGGCUACUACAUCGGUGAAAUUGUCCGGGUCGCCGCAGUGAGAGUAUUCGGGGAUCGUGUCCCUGAGAGAGCAAGCGUUCGGCAUUCAAUUCAUGGAGAAACGGCGUCAGCGAUCCGUGACGACCAUAGCGAGGACAAGGCCGCAAGCAUCCAGGCUAUCAAGGAAUGCUGGGGCGUGACGAUGGAUUUGACCGACAUCCAAUGCAUCUGGGAGAUUUGCAGACUCGUCUUCGACCGAUCAGCCGCGUUCGCCGCAACCCUGGCCACCACUCUGUGCUACAGAACAGGACGACUGGACACCGGAGCCACUGUGGGAAUUGAUGGCGCUCUGUAUGUGAAGAACCAGUGGUACCGGGAGGCGGUUGAACAUUACACGCAGUUGGUCGCCGGCGACGCUGCGAAAAACAUUCACUAUUGCAUUGCGGAUGACGGCUCUGGCAAGGGUGCAGCCCUGAUCGCUGACGUGAACUGA